AUGGCCGAGUCUACGCUUCCCUCGACGCUCGACAGCGCCUUCGAGGCACCUCUCAAAGAUCAAUAUGACCCUGUCCGCCUGACCUCCGAAAACAUCGUGCCGAUACUCGAGCUGCCCCUCGCAAAGAAGCUCCUGGGCCACAAUGCCUCCUACAGCGACACCAUUGCUAAGGUCGCCCGCGAUGAAACUUCCUAUACCACUUUCGUCGCCGACCAAGCCCGCACCGCCCUGCAGACCCCAUGCGAAGGUCUGACCUCCGAACAAACACAAUCGCAGAUCCUACACAUCGGUUUAGCUGCUCUGUUCAGCUUCCUGCAGGCGAAUGUCACCGGUCCUCCCCUCGAAUUCAACUCGGCCGAUACUGUCCUCCCCGCUGCCCUCCGAGCCGAUGUUCCUACCCUGCGCGCUGUUCGAAACAAGAUUGUCAGGGAAUGGUCUGUUGAUGGAGAAGCUGCAUACAAGCUCACGCCGAACCCCGAGCUGUUCGCUGUUGCAAAGGCUCUGCUUUCUGAUGCAGGUCUUCGGGGUGCAGUCGCAACUAAGACUGCUCGCAUGCGCGUCAACUUCCUCCACCAGAAGAUGCUGUCGGAAGUUACGAGCACAUUGCAGGAUGUGAUUUAUAAGGAUGCGGACGAGUUGACCAAGUCGGAACUCAAUCCUGACGAACAGAGCCACUUCUUGCUGGAGCGCGCAAUUAUCAAUACUUACCACGGAUUUGAUGGCAAGGCACGGGCGGAUCUUGAUCAGGCUUGCAAGGCUCGGAAUUUCGAGUUCGCCUUGACAGGACAAAUGGGAAAGCGCACCAAGUUCCAGGAACGCGAUACCAGUCAGCUUGUGGUUAUUGCUAAGAGUGCUGGGGAAACAUCUAAGAAUGCCGAGGCCUCUGGCCCCAAGAAGUUGGAUUUGAACGAUGAUACCCUUCUGGAAGCUAUUUCGUUUGCCGAUAAGAAGUCGGGUACGGUUCAAAAUGAACUUCCCACGGCGCUUCAGUCCGUCGACCCUAAUGACCAACCGAUUUUGAACCCGGUUGACUCUGCCAUUCUGCUGGCGAUGGCCUCUGCAAUCACGAACACGGCACCAGAGAACGGAUUGACUCGCGAGGAAACACAGCCCUAUGCAACUCGGGUGCUGGAGGGUGGAAGCUCCAACUGGCAAAUCUAUACUGAGGCACUUCUUGUCCGCAGUCGUGUGGAAGGAUAUCGUGCCCGUACAGUUGAACGGUCCGUCCUGCAAAUGCAGGCGCUUGUUGACCAGGUUAUCGCUGAUACAGCUACCGAUGACUCGGCGGCCCAACAACCAUCUUCUGAGCCCACUACUUUCCUGCCGCGUCCUGAAAAGUCCGAGUCGGCCCCGGCCGCUAGCCGUCUGGAAUACGUCUGGCUCAUGAACUUCUCGACUCGCUGGAAGUUGGAGGCUGAGCUGGCUAAGCGCUGGGUCGAGCUGGGUGGUCUGCGCACAGCUCUUGAUAUCUACGAGAGACUCCAGAUGUGGGCUGAGGCAGCUCUCUGCUAUGCUGCAACUGAGCGAGAGGAGAAGGCUAAGGCUAUGGUGCGUCGUCAAUUGUACGAGGCCACUGGCCAGGAUGAAGACGACGAGAAUGAGCAGUUCGAAGGCCCCGAGCGGUCACCUUUGCCUGCGGACGCACCUCGUCUCUUUUGUAUUCUUGGAGAUAUCGAUAAGGAUGAAAAGUUCUAUGAGCGUGCUUGGGAUGUUUCUGGCCAGAGAUAUGCUCGCGCUCAACGAUCUCUGGCACGACACUACCUUGCCCUUACACCGCCAGAAUUGGAAAAGGCGGAGGAUGCCUACCGCAAGAGCUUGCACAUUAACCGUCUCAACCACGGCUCCUGGUUUGCUUUUGGCUGUGUCCAGCUCGAACUCCAGAAAUGGCAGGAAGCCGUUGAUUCUUUCACCCGUUGCGUGCAACUAGACGACACCGACGGAGAAGCCUACAGUAACCUGGCAGCGUCCAUUAUGCGCAUGCCAGAGGAAGAGCAGAAGUUCGAGAUUACGAUCGAUGAAAGCACCGGUGAAGAAACCAAGAUCGAGUCCGACCCCUACAAGCGGAAGCGCGAGGCUCUCGCUGCCCUCCAGCGCGCCGCUCAACUCAAGAACACCGAUGCCCGAAUCUGGGACAAUGUCCUCACAGUCGCAGCAUCAAUCCCACCUCCCUCAACACCAUUCCGCGACGUCAUCACCGCUCAGAAGCGCAUCAUCGAACUCCUCGGCUCAAAGAAGGGCGAAAAGUGCAUUGAUGGACCUAUUCUGGCUGUCCUCGUCGACUUCUUGAUCACAGCUUUCGAUUACGAGUCUCUCCUCAUCGAAUCAGACUCCGGCCCCGUCGUCCGAACUGGUACAAUCCCGGGCCAAAUCCUCUCUCUUAUUGAUGACAACGUCGUCCCUCUCAUCACACACUCCUCCGCCCUCUGGCUCCUCGUCUCCCGAGUCGAGAUGUUCCGCCACCGACCCGGCCGGGCUCUUGAAGUCCAGGAAAAGGCGUGGCGAGCUGCUGUCGCCGCUUCUGCGCAGGGCGCUUUCCAGAUGGGUGAUGAGAAGCCCUGGUUGGAGGUUGUCCGCGCUACUGAGAGGCUUGUUCGUGAUGGUUAUGCGAAGUACGGUCCAAUGGAUCGUGAAGGUCAAGAGGGGGCUGAUGGGGAGACGGAAAUGGUUGCUCCGGACUGGCGGUUUAAGGCUCGGAGUGCUAUUAGAGGAAUCCUGGGCAAAGGCAAGGACUUCUGGGUGGACUCUGAUGGAUGGAUGAGGUUGAAGGAGUUGCAAAAUGAGGUCACUGGCAACUGA